AUGUCUUCACCUCAGCCAUGCGUGCCAACUAUGACUGGCGCUGAAUUCCUAGACGUUCAAAGCGGAAGAUUUGAUCAAGAAACUAGGCCCAACGUGGGCAGCUUCGGGCAUCCGGACUUGUGCGCUAAGCCGUGUAUUUUCCUGAUGCGUGGAAUGUGCCACAGGGCCGAAUUUUGUGGGUACUGUCACUUGGAGCACCGAGCCUCGCCUGCUCGAUUGUGCAAGCAGGACCGUGAAUACUUGGGAUGCUUUACAGCUGCGGAGGUGGUGGCCAUGAUUUUGCCACAUCUAAAGUCCAGAGUUGCAAGCUUGGGUGUGCAUCAUCAAGCCUGGGACCUGAUCAGGGCUCUGCAAGCUGUGGCUGAGCGAUCAAUUGGAAGCGCGGAUUUGCAAGCUUCAAGGCUGCACACGUCUCUGCAGAGGCUGUCGAUCAGCGGCCUGCUGUCGCUUUUGAGACGCAGUGACAUGAUUUUCAUGGAAGACCUGGAGCUGCCUUGCGCACAAUUCCGUUCGAAGAUGGCAAUGCACAAAUUUUCAGGGGCAUCCCUGGUCGGCUGA